UUCAGAGUUAGAUAAAAGAUGGGAACAGAUCAUAAAAGUGAGAGAUCUGGCUGCAUACAUUGUUCAUAUCAACGAGGACUGGAUGUCACCGACCUUAAACCCGAAGGCAACAAGUCAAUCGGUUGACCUUCCUUCCGGCUUCCAGCAGUCAUUCAUGGACUUUCCAUUUGACCUUGAAAUAAUUGAGAUUUAUGAGAUUGAGCUUCAAGGAUCUUCUUAUGUUUCUGGAAUCAAGUUUUUGUCCAGGAACUCACAAUCGUUUGUUGGUAUUGAGUCAAAAUCGGUUCGCCGCUUUCGUCUUCCAAAAAAAACCUUUAGAGACUAUAGGGCUUGUUGUGGACUCUUUGGGGAUCAGAAGUCUUAGGUUUGGUGAUUUACCUUGGUCCUCUGGACGCCCUGAAGAUAUCAAUUGCUGGGAAGGUUUCAGUCAGAGGCAAGAAGAUAGAAGAGUUCGGAUUGUUCGAGACGCAUUGAAGUUCCGACAGCUGUCCUGGUGUUAUUCUAAGUGCCUAUCUUUUGAAGAGAGCAUUUUUAUGCGAGGAAAACACGCUUUCUGGCACGGCUCAAUUUCUAGAGACAGCUACAUACAGGUCAACCCUCACCAGGAAACAGAAUUGAUACAUGAAUUCGGAAAUUUUACCACAGAUGCAGUAUGGCUGGAUGAGCAAAGUGAUGGUAUAACUGCAUAUUGCCACAAGGGGAUAUCAGGCCUUUCUAUUCAGACAUCAUCAGGUCCACUUUCAGUCGGCUAUUGCAAUGCUAUCCCCAAAUUCUUCCCGAUACAUGGACCUGAUGAAGCAAUCACUGAGAUUGAUAUCUAUAUAGGCUCACCUGAGCCUAAUUUAAGCAUCACGUUGAAGACCACCUGGAAUCGGCAUGUCUAUUUUGGUUUCGUCCAAGACCACAAUGCUCACUGUUCUGUCCGAACUCUCCGAUCACCCAAAAACUGUCAUAUAAAAGGCCUUUAUUUCCGUGUGGGAAAAUUAUCGAUCGAAUCUUUGGGAGCAAUAUAUGCAUAUAACUCCUAUCAGCCCACUUAUCACUCGUUUCAUCCACCGCCAGUACCCAGGAUUAAACUAAAAACUGACGAAGUGAGCCCUGAAUCGAUGGAGACAUGUGCAAGUCUCUGGAACAUCCAGAAGGUUCGAUUUUACUACAUCAUGGGUUACUGCACAGGUUUAUGGCUCUUUUAUCGUUCCGGUAAUUCAGAAGUGGUUGGCCGAAUCAACGAAGAUUACUCUCAUGAACUCAUACUUGUUGAUGAUGAUUCGUUGCACCAAAUAUGGCUCACACAAGCAGAGGGGAAAAUAGAGGAGAUAGGUUUCAGCACGGAUAGCCAUAUGGAUUUAGAGAAAAACAAUUAUGAUAUCACUAUCUCAACGGCUAUUUUGUGGAGGUACUCCAAGGACAGUGACUUUAUUCAAAUAUUUGAUCAGGAUAUGCUCGAAGGUGAGAUCUAGAUCAUAUAUGCAGCGCAAGUGUUUCGUGGUAGCUCUUCAG